UUGAAAAUGCUGAGCAGCAAAGUGAGCGGGUUUGUGGCGAUGAGAGGCGCGUUGGUGGCUCGCACCUUGACAGCUCGUCCAGCCUGCCAAGCCUUGCUGCAUACCGAUGGGGGUCAGCGAGGUGCCGUGACCCAACAUGCCCACAACACCAAGCCAGACUGGAAUAAGGCUGUCUCCGAAGCUGAGAAAAUUGUUGGGUACCCGACAUCCUUUCUUAGUUUACGCUGGCUGCUCAGUGAUGAAAUUGCCAAUGUCGCUUUGCACCUCCGUAAACUUGUGGGAUCCAACCAUCCACUGUUGAAGACAGCGAAAGGGCUGCUAUACAAUGGGAAAAAUAACAUGCAAGCCUGGGGACUUAUAGUGCUGCUGUUGUCCAAAGCUGCUGGUCAUCUUAAUGUCAAUGAAAUGGAAGAAGAUAAAGCUGCAGGUGUCUUGUACAGUCAGCGUGCCCUGGCCGAAGUGACAGAAAUGAUUCGGACAUCUCAUUUAGUUCACAAAGGACUCGUAAACAUUCAUCCUGGACUGUUUCAAGAAGGAGCAGUUUUGAAUGACAUGACAUUUGGAAAUAAGAUUGCUCUGCUGAGCGGAGAUUAUCUGCUCAGCAAUUGCUGUGUUGAAUUAGCUGCACUCCGCAAUCAGGAGAUUACUGAGUUGAUGAGUAGCGCUGUGCGGGAUCUAACUGAAAGCGAAUUUGUUGGCCAAAGAGACCAACAGAAUAAUCCCCUUCCAACAAAUCCUCUGGAAGGUUCCCCUGUUGAGGAAUGGACUCUUCGAAGUGAACUUUCUGGAGGAAGAUUGCUGGGAAAAUCUUGUGAAGGUACGCUGAGAUUGGCUGGGCACAGUAAAGAGUUCUCAAAGGAAGGCUACAAGUUUGGAAAGCAUCUAGCUCUUGCUUGGCAGGCAUGUCUUGAUAUGGAACCAUUCAUGCCAUCAUCGCAGCAUACAUCUGGAGUUGGCUUCAGUCUUGUUUCUGCCCCUGUACUCUUUCAUUUAGAAUAUGACUCAUCUUUGUACAAGCUAAUUCAAGCUGGGGCUGAAAAUGUUAAUGAUGUGGAUUAUGCUGAGAUUCAGAGUAUUGUAUCCAAAGGGCCUGGCCUGGCAAUGACAAAGCGAUUGAGGCAAGAGCAUUCUCAAAAGGCAAUGGAGGUCCUUGCUGCAUUUGAGCAGAAUGAUGCACGCACUGCACUUUCAAAUAUAAUUGUUGCCAUGGGUGAGUUAUGAUACAAAAUUCUUCCCUGAUGAGUCCCUUCAGAUCUUUUCAUGGGUGGCACAGCUCACUUUCACUCUCUAAGCCCAUCUCGCAUAUCAAAAUAUAUAGUGGAUUAUUGAUAAUAGCAGCAUCAAAAAUAUGUACCAAUAGUAUAAUUAAAAAUCAAAAACUAAUACACAAAAGUAUAUAAUUUCUUGUAGUAUACUUUAAAACAAUAUUUCACUUACUCUAACAUUAUACCAAAAAGAAUGGACUGCUAAAUCUUAUAUUGUUUUUGUAAUGUCAUGAGAGAAGUGUGGCCCUUCUCAUAUAGUUUUGUCACAUCUGUAGCUUUUUAGCACAUCUUCCUACUUUGGGAAAAUAUAGCUAGAAGUGAGGUUGUUCCAGGCACACUCUGGUGACAAUUUUCAAAUCUUCAUGGAGCUAUCCCUAGUUGUAAUAUCUAGAAACAGUAUUUUUGAGAAAUAUUGUUGGUAGGACUGCAAAGUUUAUCUUGCAAACCAUAUUGCUCAAAAAAGUGUGUAAUACUCUGUAAAUUAUUAGUAAGAAUGAGGAUCUAAGUGGCAUAGACUGACGGUUCUCUUUUGAUGUUGAAAAGUUUUGUUAGUGUUCCCCCUCAAUAGUCUUUUAAAAUAGUUUACUUGUGUCACCAUGAAUGGUAGCUGUAGACCCUAGACUACGCCAAACCAUUCCCUACUUGCGCUCCACCCUCUUACAGAGCUAUCAAAGGAGCUGAAAACACUGUGCGAUUGAUUUGAUCAUUAGACAAAAGUCAAGUAUUGUGACUUAAUUACAUAUAGGUGGUUCAAAUUAAAUGCAGUGUGUUCCACCAUUAUUAAACUUGAUGUUGUACAUGGUUGAAACUAGUGUCAUCUGUUUGUUUGCUAGAGGGGGAACUUCUUGAUGUAUGUUCUAUUACAUCCUGUUUCUUUGUCAGUAUUCGUUUCUGUAAAAAAAUAAUUUAUAGAUAGGUUCAUAAUUACUUUAGUCCUCUUUGUGUUACCACUUCGCUUAAAUAUGCAUGAUGUACAUUUCCAUUCAAACAAAUUUUAUCUGUAAGUUGAUGUGUUUUGUUUGUUUUAUUAAAUGUGCAUUGAUUAGCCAGUUAUAUAUAGCCUAAGUGCUUUAGUUCAGAGAUAAAUGUCCGGAUGUACCAUAUUUAUUUUUGUUUGUGUGGCCCUUUCACCAAAAAGUGGCUUUGAGGAAUCCACAAAAUUCUUUUUAUUUUAAUAAAUGUCUUUGAAUUGCCUUUGUAUCUCUGAAUAAAAGGAAGUCUGAAGUUUGGAGGUUGACAUUGAUUAACAUUAGUUCUAAAUCUGUUAAUUUGUUCAGUAAUUUUAAAUUUGUUUCUUGUUGUAUGGUAUAUUUUUUUAAAAUGAAAUUUGACAAUAAAUUUGUACAUGUUUUUUUUA